CAUACUGUCGUCACGUACUGUUAGUGCUUAUUAAAACCAGCUUUAAAUUCGUAGUUUAUAAAUAGAUUUCUAAGUAAUUUUGUAAAAUAAAAAUUCAUCGUGUGUAAUGUGUGAUGGAUCAACGUAGCCUGUUUAAGAUUUUUACUCUAAUUUAACCACAAUUGAGCCAGUUGUUGUGGGGAAGCCUUAGAUAAGCGUUAGUUUUUUAUAUUUAUUAAAACAUACAUACAUUUUUAUACAACAGUUUUAUUUUUGUCUCAAAAUUCCAAUAAGUUGUAAGGGUUUUAGAAUUUUGUGUUAUAUAAAAUGAGAUACUUAAAUGUAUAUCAGGCAUUUAUACAUAUAGGUAUGUAUCCUCUGUAUUUUUUUUGUACAGUUACCAUAAUUCUUUCUUUUUACAUCAUAAGUACAAAACUGAUAAUUGUUUAUGUUAAACAUAUUUUGUAUCUGUAGGUAGGUUAUACAUUUAAGUUUGUUUAAAAAUGUUGUCAUCAAACAUAUCUGAACGGUUAAUUAAAGUUUGAUUCUUUUUAAUCUUUUUUACUUAGACUUAUUGUAUUAACCAAAAAGCUAAAUCAAAGCUAAAUCUUGUUGGUGGUGUGUUAUUGCAGAUUUUUUUAAUAGUUUAAGAAAAGUACAAAGUGAAAGAAAAUCUCUAAUAAAAUUAAUCUUAAUUGUAAAAUAGACACAGCGACCCCGAUAGGACUGUUAUUAUUUUUCCCCACUCAAGAAACAAACGAGUAUGUACGCCACUGACAAUAUUAUCAUGUUUUGACAGUUUGCUGGUUUUACUAUUUAUUUACCUGCACAGAAGCACUACAAGAAUUUAUUGUCCAAAAAAUGGAAAAGUUUGCGAAACACUGCCGAAUCUGUAUUAAAGAGACAAAAAACGGUGUGUAUUUAUUUGACGCAACGAUUUCAGACAGUGAAACCUACAUUGUGGAUUUUUUACGCCAAAUAACAAAUUUGGAGAUAACUGAAGACGAUGGCCUUACGAAUAUUUUAUGCUCUACAUGUGUUACAAAAAUUUUUGACUGUUUUGAUUUAGUCCAGAUAUGUAUUUCUUCAGAUGCUAUUCUUAGGAAUGCGAAGAAAGAGUUGGUUGAAGUUUUGGAUACGAAGUGUGAUUUAAAGAACCAAAGUAGUGAUCUAAUCAACUCAGAAGAAGACCUUAAUUUGUCGAAAGAUGGUGUAUUUGAAUGUAGCAUAUGUAAAUUGACUUUCAGCAAUAAAACUAGCCUCAAUAAGCAUAAUAAAAGCACUCACAAGGAUGGCAAUCCUUUCAAAUGUGAUCAGUGUUCCCAAUCAUUCCCGAAAAAGAUGCACUUGAAUGUCCACCAACGAUCACAUGCCAAAGACGAAGAUAAGAAAUUUUUUUGUAAAAACUGUAACAAACAAUUCAUGUAUGAAUAUUUAUUAAAACAGCAUCAGUACAAGCAUACCGAUGAGAAACCUUUCCCAUGCAAAGUCUGUAAUAGAGGGUGCCUUACAGCAGAAAGCUUACGACGACAUAUGAGAAUCCAUGAUACAAAUUACGUGAAAAAGAAACACUCGUGUGAUAUUUGCAACAAAGAAUUCCCCUAUCCCAGUUUUCUAGCUGAACAUAUGAAAAAUCACACUGGGGAAAAACCACACUUGUGUUCCACAUGUGGUAAGGGUUUUCGCCAAAGCGGGGCCCUUCAUUACCACCAGAGGAUCCACACUGGUGACAAAAAAUUCGUUUGUACAAUUUGUAAUGGACGUUUCAUGUCUCAAAGUGUUCUAAAAGUGCAUAUGAGGAAACACACAAAUGAGAGGCCUUAUGUUUGUCAUAUUUGUGGUAUGGCGUUUCGACAAUCAACAGAUAUGAAAAGUCACCAGAGGACCCACAGUGGCGAUAAACCUGUGUUAUGCAAUAUUUGUGGCAAGCGAAUGUCAACUACCGGCCAAUUAACCAUCCAUAUCAGAUCUCACACUGGUGAAAAGCCAUUUUCUUGCUCAAAUUGCCCCAAAGCGUUUACGUCUAGGGCGUUGUUGGUCAAACAUGAACGAAUACAUACUGGAGAGCGGCCUUAUGGAUGUAAUGUUUGCGGCAAAGCGUUCAACCAAAGUGGGACUUUAAGGACACACCGGAAGACUCAUGAAUGUGAUAAGAAAAGAAGGAAAAGUGAAAAACAAAAAGAAAAAUAUACCGAAGUUAUGGAGGAUAAGGCCUACCAAAAUACUGAAGCUCUAUUUUUUAAGAACGAAUUUGUCAAUUUGGAAACAGAAGUCGUUACUGAUGAGUUUAUUGGAAAUAAUGUUCAGGAUAUCGAAGUGAAGACGAGUGAUGGGUGUGUGAAUAAGACUCAGGUGACGCUUAUUCUGCCCGCGCCUAUACCAUUGUUGCAUAAUCUGUAACAUAUAAUCGGAUAGAUUUUUGUAAAUAAAAUAAACAAAAAUAAAAGCUAUUUUUACACAUGAAUGAAAAUA